AUGGCUGCUCAUAGUGGAGGUGUUGAAUGGACUUCAAUUGUGAAAUCCAUUUUAUCUGCUAGUUUCGGUUGUUUUACGAAAUCUGAUUUAAUAGAACUUUGUAAAGCUAUUAUAAAAAGCGAAAAUGAAUUAUUAGAUCACGACCCGGCGUAUGAAACUUUUUAUUUAGCUUUUGCUUCAUUAGCAGCAGACUACAUUAGUUCAAAAUGUAUUUUGGUGGCAAAAAAUCAAAUACCUUUGGUGACACAAGCUUCAUCCAUUUUGGCAAAUUAUGUAUUACAACAGUUGAGACAGUAUACAACUCGAGGAGAAACUGUUCUUACAUUAAAGCAAAUGCUUUCUCCGCUGGUAUCUCUAUGUGCUGGCAAUUCUUCUAUAACAUCUUCCGAACUUGUAGUUCUCACUGCAAUUAUGAAAAAUGCUCAAAUACCUGAACAUAUUAAAUUCACCAUAAGCACUGAAUAUGAGAAAGAUACAUCUAAACAGGAUGCUACAAAGCGUUCCAGAACUGAUUUAGCUUCAUCUAUAAUAGAGCAGUUGGGCAUGCCUCUUAAUUCAUUAUUACAUUCAGAGUCUUCAACUGCAAAUGUCCCAAGCGGUCAAAUAUCACAAAGUACUGCUGAUGUAGCAGAUAAAGAAAAUAGUGAUGAAGCUGAUCAUCAUAAUGAAAUAAGGGUAAUUACAUUUAUACUAGAAAUUUAG